AUGCGCAGAGAGUACGAUAUUGUCUUGCGAAUCGGGUACGUCGGCGUUACGGCGCUGUGUGGGAUGAUGUUUGUAUGGAUUUGGGUCGCGCCGGGAAGUUGUUCGACGGUUUUCAACGCAAUCGAGGACAAAGGUUUCGCCACGGUCUCCGACGGUCUGGUGCCGCGAACGCUCAUCACGAAAUACCGAAAACAUCUCGCCGUGUGCGUCGCACACGUCUUACCGGCGAGCGUUUGGUCGGCGAUAGCGCCGUUUCAGAUUCAUCCGGCGGCUCGUAAACGUUUCCCGCGAGCGCAUCGCUACGCGGGACGACUCUUUCUCAUCAUCUCCGCAUCCAUGACGUACGGGUACUAUCUCAUCAACAAGCGCGGUCUGCACUUCCACGCGAACGAUUUCCCCACGAUUCCCGUGGAGGAGCGCGCGUCGUUUUGGAUUGAUUACGGCGCCGUCGGACUCUCGUUCGUGCACGUCGAGCACUUCGGCGCGAUGUGGUUCGCGUUCACCGCAAUGCGAGCGUACAUCGCCGUCGCGACGCCGCCUAGAAAUUUCACCGCGCACAGGGCGUGGACGUGGCGACACAUCGCGAGCGGUCUCGCCGUCGCGCUUCAGCGCGUCUUCCUAUUUAUCCAUCACGGCGCGUUUCGCGUCUUCGGCGCAACCGCCUCGACGCCAGAGCUCAUGAAGCCAAUAUUCAGCGAUUCCCUCGUCUACGGCGGCGUCUUCGCCGCUGUCUUUUGCGAGGUGUGCAUCUUCAGGGCGCAUCCAGCGCGUGCGCGUUUUAAAACGUCCUGA